GCAACUCUUCAUCAGGGUGAUGAUGCGCACUCGAUCGAUCUCUUUGAUGACUAUGUGACACGUUAAGCUCUUAGUGGCAACAGCAUCAUGUUCCAGUGUUCUCAUUGCGACAAGUCAUAUCAAAGAAAGAGCCACUUGCUUCGGCACGAGGCGACACAUACCGGGGCUUCGUCUUCGAUAUGUCCAUUCUGUAACAAGGCAUUCUUGAAACAGGAGGUUGCGCGAAGGCAUAGUAAGCUAUGCGCCAAAAAGUACAACCGACCCCCUCCGCCACCAUCCAGACCGGGCCGAAAAAAACGCUCCUGUGAUGAGUGCUCCUAUGCGAAAACAGCAUGUGACAAGCAGUCUCCAUGUUCACGUUGUCAAUCUCUGGGACGACAAUGCUCUUUCGGAAGUGAGGCGUCUUCGCCUACAGACACUCCGUGCUUGACACCAGCGCCGCUCUCACCGACGCCCUCGCACACGUCUCUCACGAACAAGAGGCCCUUCUUCUUCCUGUCCCACUUCACAGACCCAUCCGUGGUGAAGGAUAAGCUUGCAAUCGCAGAGACAGCAAGAUGCUCCACCAAAAGGAACCUGGAUGCCCUCAACCUUAACCUCGAAGAUGCACUCAGCCCUUUCUACGCCAUGCAGUCAUUCAUGAACUCUUUUGCACCUGUGGAUAUGUUCUUUCAACCCCCUUUUCCACUUGGGCAACAUCAUCCCAUGGAUUUCAUGUCUGAAGGGGCGUUGUCUUCCCGGCUUGCAAAGCAACUCAACGACCUAAUGGCAGACUUAGUGGAAACGUCAAACUCCAUGGGCUUUGAAAGUGAAAGCCACCAGAAGCGACUUGAUAUAUCCGAUCUGGUUCCACUGUUUACGGCCCCUAAUCUUUCGAUUUUUAUCUCUGCUUACUUCCAAUCUCUCCACUGGCAUUUGCCAAUUGUCCAUUUCCCUACAUUCGACCCAGGAAAUGUGUCAAAUUUCCUUCUCAUAUCGAUCUUUCUUGCCGGUGCAACAUAUGCAACUUCUCAUGAUGGGACUGUGCUGCCACUCGGGCUGCUUGAUGUAGCUGAGGAGUACAUCUUUCGGCGCAUGGCGAAUCUGUCGACGCCAUCACUCAGUGACAAUCAUCCUUCCCAAUUCUUUCCAGAGCUGGAAGUCGUGCAGGCAGCUCUGAUUAUUGAGAUGCUUCAGUUCGGACAGGGAGGAAUGCAGACAAGACGACGUAUCCGAAUCAUGAGACAUCCCUGCGUCAUCUCUACGAUACGAUCACUGGGUAUCUUUCAAUUCAAGCGAAGUAUGACUCCUCAGGUCUCUGAUGAGCCUACUUGGAGACAACUCAUUGCAGAAGAAGUUCUUGUACGAGUAUCCUGUUGGGCUUUCCUCGCGGAUGGAUUCCUUACGGUGUGCUUCAACAACCAUCCCGCAUUGUCAAUCUUUGAGAUGGACUGUGACUUCCCGUGGGACUCUGCGCUGUUCGAGGCUGAAAGCACGUCUGCAUUCAAUAAAAUUGUUUCCUCGGCUGGCAUGACACGCCCGCCACUUCCAUCUUUGCGGCAAUUUAUCACUCGUUUGCUUGAUACGGACAUUGGCGACUUGAUAACGUGGAGUCGGUCACUCGCGGCGGAGCAUUUCCUGAUGCUGAUGUACGCAAUGCACUCCUUGGCAUUUCAAGCGAGAACUGGCCUGCUUGGAUGGAUAUCUCCCAACGCUAUCAAGCUUGCUGCCGACAAUUGGAAACGAAUCUGGGAUUCUAUCGGCGAUAUUGCCGACAAGGAGAAGACACAAAGCCUCGGCUACCCCAAACAUGCGGAAGAGCUUUGGUGGCUACUGAACGCCACGCUUGACCGCACCGGUGGUCGCGACAAGAGUCUGGGCUACUUAGACACCGCGGCUACUGACGACUUGGGCAAGCUGAACGAGUUCAUCCAGAACGUUGCGACGGAAGAAAGGACACCAUAG